UUGGAACACAAAAACGGCUGAAUUUAGUCGUCAAAGUUUUCAAUGUGGUAAAAUUAAGGAUGCUCGACAGUAUGAAGGCCGUGGCAACUCAAACACUGAGCGUUGGAACGAAGUGGUUCUUUUAUUUUUUCUUUUAUGCUGUGUACACGAGCGCAUGCUCCGUAGGAUGGGGGUCUCAGAAUUUUCACUCUUUUAUAGUUAAAACAAGUAUUUGAGCUCUUUUCGUAAUAUAGUUGUCUUUUUUGCUAUCUUUGAUGAUAUAAAUUCUCCCCACAAAUUGGUUGUUUUACCCUGGCAUAAAUUCUCACUUGGUUUUUUUGCUAGACUAUCUUUAGCAUAAAUUAUAUUGAAAUUGGAAGGAUACCACAGAUAUUCUGUUGAGGUACCUUGUCUGUAGUACAUCCCCCGAAAUCUACCCUUAAGAUAAUUGCCUGGUGUGUACACGGCAUAAGUAGUCCUUCGAUAUUGUGGUCCUAAUAAAACUUAAGCCGCGUCGAAAUUUUUAUGCCGACUACACAUUUCCUGCAUUUCCGAGAGCGAAUUAUUGUUUAUACUGUUUUAGCGCUGACCAUACAGUUGCUUACUGUCAGAAAAAUAAGUUAAGGUUACUUUUGAAUUUUAGAGUGUUUAGAUUUCGGUAUUUAUUUUGUAGAGGCACUGCUUCUGGUGGAUGGUUAUGCAAUAAAGAAUGCAAAUUUUGCAGAAUUCGCGGACACCGUGUGGCAAACUGCCCGGUUUUAAUUGACUUCUGGCGAAAAGAAGAUGUGCCGUCAGGCCGUUGGCCUCGGGAUGUG